AGACGCCUCAAUGAUACCUUCGGCGAAUGUGGUCGACCACGCAUUGGCUGGCAAAUCGAUCCCUUCGGUCACUCACGUGAAAUGGCCUCAAUGUUUGCUCAAAUGGGUUUCGAUGGUCUCUUCUUUGGACGUCUCGACUAUCAGGACAAAGAUGAACGUUUAAUGACGAAAAAAGCCGAAAUGAUUUGGAGAGCUUCAGCUAAUUUAGAUGAAACUUCACAUCUCUUCACCGGUGCCCUCUACAAUCAAUAUCAACCACCACCCGGUUUCUGUUUCGAUAUUUUAUGUGCCGAUGAGCCUAUUAUCGAUGGUAAACAUUCACCAGAUAAUAAUGUUAAAAGGAGGGUGGAUGAAUUUUUCGCUAUAGCUCGUAAUAUGUCCCAAGGUUAUCGCACCAAUAAUAUUUUGAUCACCAUGGGUGAAGAUUUUCACUAUCAAAAUGCCAAUAUGUGGUAUAAGAAUUUGGAUAAACUUAUUAAAUAUGCCAAUGCAAGACAAGCCAAUGGUUCUGAUAUUAACUUAUUGUACUCCACACCUUCUUGUUAUCUUAAGUCUCUACAUGAUGCCGGCAUUACUUGGCCCACCAAAGAUGAUGAUUUCUUUCCCUAUGCCUCAGAUCCUCAUGCCUAUUGGACGGGUUAUUUCACCUCAAGACCUACACUAAAACGCUACGAACGUGUGGGUAAUAACUUCCUACAAGUUUGUAAACAACUUACCGCCUUGGCACCCAAUCUGUAUCCCGAACUAUUGCCUCAUUUGGGUUUUAUGCGUGAGACUAUGGGUGUGAUGCAACAUCAUGAUGCUGUUACCGGAACGGAGAAACAAAAGGUGGCUUUCGAUUAUGCUAGACGUUUAAGUGUAGGCAUGAGAACUUGUAGUGCUAAUGCUCGUGCUGUUUUGAAUCGUUUGACCCAGGGCGAUUCGCCUCGACCCAAGCGGCAUGGCAAACCCCGACCUUUUCAAUUAGAAUUUAAAACAUGUUCUCUGCUUAACAUUAGCAGCUGCGAGAUAUCGGAGACAAGUCAACAAUUUGUAUUGACUCUAUACAAUCCUUUGUCGCAUUCCACAGAGGAUUAUGUUAGGCUACCAGUGCCCGAUGUUAAUUAUGUGGUGAGAGAUUAUAGGGAUGUGGUUCUAGAUAUUCAAUAUGUGCCCGUGCCUGAACAGCUACAGAAUCUCACCUUCCGUCAAUCACAGGCCAAAUAUGAACUCAUUUUCCUGGCCAGUGAUCUGCCAGCCUUUGGCUAUAAAUCUUUUUAUAUAAAGAAAACUAAUGGUUAUCAUAUGAUUCCAGAACCGGAUCCAGAUAAUAUGUCUAGUUUAAUAGAUAUAGGAAAUGAGAACAUACGCCUUACCUUCGAUACCAAUGGUUUUCUGUCCGCUAUUGAGGCCGAUGGCAUGACACGCAUGAUUAGCCAAGAAUUCCUCUAUUACGAAGCAGCCAUAGGUAAUAAUCGUGAGUUCCGUAAUCGUUCAUCGGGAGCCUAUAUCUUUCGACCCAAAACCGAUGCAGUACAUACGGUAACUGUGGCCCCAGAAAUCACCGUCUAUCGUGGUAAUUUAGUAGAGGAGGUACAUCAAAAGUUCAACAAUUGGAUUAGUCAGGUUGUCAGGGUCUAUAAGCAAAAGAAAUAUGCUGAAUUUGAAUGGUUGGUAGGACCCAUACCCAUUGAAGAUGGUGUGGGUAAGGAGAUAAUAACACGUUUCAAUUCAGACAUCAAAUCGGAGGGUAUAUUCUAUACCGAUUCCAAUGGUCGCGAAAUGAUCAAACGUCUUAAGGAUCAUCGUGAUACCUGGCGGGUUAAGCUGUUGGAAAAGGCAGCUGGAAAUUAUUAUCCCAUUACCACGAAAAUUGCUCUAGAAGAUGAACACGCACGUUUGGCUAUUUUAACAGAUCGUGCUCAAGGUGGUUCAUCUUUAGCUGAUGGUUCUUUGGAGCUAAUGAUACACAGACGUCUUCUGCAUGAUGAUGCUUUUGGUGUGGAGGAGUCAUUAAAUGAAACGGCUUAUGGAGAAGGUUUAGUAGCUAGAGGAGUGCAUUAUUUGAUAUUGGGUUCAUCGCAAUUGGAUGAAAGUCCUACCACUCAGUCUUUGGAAAGAUUUACACAAUUAGAAAGGACUCUACAGCCUUGGAGAUUCUUUAGUGAUACCAAGUUUUCAUAUGAAGAAUGGCGACAGCAGUUCACCAAUAUUUUCACCGGCCUAUCUGUAUCCUUGCCCAAAAAUAUACACCUUCUGACCUUUGAACCCUGGCAUGAAAACGAAAUUUUAGUACGUUUCGAACAUAUACUCGAAAAAGACGAAGAUCCGGAAUAUUCCAAAUUCGUACAAUUCGAUAUAAAUGAUGUCUUCCAAGGUUUCAAAAUCUCAAAUAUACGAGAAACCACACUCGAUGGUAAUGCCUGGUUAGAUGAAAAUCGUCGCAUGGAAUUUGUACCGGAUCCCGAGGAUUCUUGGUAUGAAAAUUAUGCUGUUUUCGCUAAAUCCGCCAAACAUGUACAGCUAUUGAAGGCACAAAAACCCCUAUUUUCCACCGAAUAUCAUGAAGAACUUUUACCUAUCGGUGGAUUGGGAGCUGAAAGCAAUCGCUUGAAAAGGGAAUAUGGCUACGGACCAAAAGAAUUGAAUCGUCAACGUAUGGAGAAGUUAAAAUUGCUUAAGUUAUCGGUCGCUGAGUUGCCGUUGGAAUAUAAUGAGGAUCGUAAGUUUAUGAUCGAAUUGAGCGCCAUGCAAAUAAGAACAUUUGUAAUGUAUUUGUGAGAUUAACGGGAUAAAGAGGGGAGGGAGAACUCAUAAAGAUGGAAUAUUUUUAAACAAAAAAUAUUUAAUAACAUUUAAACGAAUAAAAUUUAUUUACAGCAACACA